UUAAAUUUACACAGUUUCGCACAGUUUAAAAACUAAUUACAAAACAAAACUUCAUCUAUGUAUUUUUCGUAUGUAUGAAAAAUUGCAACAUCGCUCUCAUGUGAGGAGAUUCUUUUCUCUCUUCAAGCGAGACAAAGCGAGCUCUGUUCGUCUGUUCGUUUCGUUCUGUCGUUACAGCGAAAAUCAAGUGUCAAGUGCAGUCGAGUUGAGAUUUAUGAGAGAAAGGAGCGCGUAUCUCUAGGAUAAGGUGUAUAUAUUAAUCAAUUGCUACGUCUAUACGUGUGUUAAUAACAACCCAAGGAAUGGAAGGUCUGAUUAACGUGAAGCCAGAACCAGAUGAAGAUGAAGAUGAAGUGGAGUGGAAAGUGUACGAAAAAUUGGUCAAAAUGGGCCUCUUCGAAUCUAAUGCAUUUUCCGAUGAAAAGAGCUACGGAGAAAGCGGCACUUCCAGCAGGAAGCAGAAUUUUGACGAUAGCUCCGACCUGGACGAAGAAGAUCUCAAGAAGAAUGUGUCCAAGUUGCUGGCUUCCGAUGUGAAGUUAGAGCAGGAUGAGGACCUGUUUUCUGACGUUGAAGAAGAUCAGUCGUCCGAAACUGAGGCAAAGCCUCUCAAAAAGGGCCGAAGAGGACGCAAACGAAAGCAUUCUGAUUCUUCCAAGCAGGCGCCCUUGUUUGAUUUGGGCGAACUUGUGUUCGCUCAGGUCAGAGGCUACAACCCGUGGCCUGCCAGGAUUGAUGAUAUCAUUGAGCAUGCCUCCGGCAACACGGAUCUUUGCAAAUACCAAGUUUUCUUCUUCGGAACCCAUCAAAAGGGUACUUGUGGGCCUAAAUUCAUCAAGCCAUUUGGUCCUCACAAGGAAGAAAUGCUGAACAAGUACAGUCGUAAAUUGUACCAUCAAGCUUGUGUCGAGCUCCAGUUCAAUCCUCAAGCUACUGCUCCACCCCCAGCACCUCCUAAAGCAAAGGUUGAAAAUAAGAAACCUGCAGACAAGAAGAUCCUGACUGCAAAGAGGAGAAAGUUGACUCUGCGGUCAUCAAAACUUCCGUUCUUGACCAGAUCCCUCUUCAACAACAGAUCCUUCUAUUUCGGCAAAUUCAAUGAUGCUGGUGUGAAUAAGUGUGACAAACCAACCACUUGGAAACCAAUCUGGUGUGAGCGGAAACCCAUUGGAGAAAACGACGAGGAAGCGUUGAAGGAGGUGACUGAGAGUGAAUUCGGUCAAACACUUGGUAGGGUUGCUUCGGCAGUUGCACUGUUGAAGACCAUGGCUGACAAAAUGCUGCACAAAGUUUUCUAAUCACCUGAUCUACACUAAUUUGUAAGCUUCUGAAAUUCAGUGCUAAUUUUGAUGCUGAGAAAAUUGUUGCAGUCAGCAAAAUGUGUACUGAAAAUUUUCCUAUUUAUGUUUAUUUAUUUCCAAUGUUCAGUUUUAUUUUUUGCUGGUCCAACAUUGAAAGUUUCCUAAUAUAUGGCACAAAUAUUGAAUUUCUUAACUGAAAUCUUGAACAGGAGGCCUACAAUUUUGCAUCUGUCGGUAACUGUAAUUAGUUUUUCUAUUUAUAUGAAGAUGUACAACUCAGGAAUAUAAUAGUAUUAUUUGAAGAUGAAAUAGAGUAAGGAAAUUGAAUUUCUAUAGUAUCUUGUAUUUUUCUAUCUUUAAUAUUUACAUUGCAAGUAAAAAUUCAAAUACAAAUCAGCUAUCUCAGAAAACAUAAUAUUGCCAUUGUAGCUAUUUCUAAGAAUAUAAUAUGGCACACUUGCCACAGAAAUUUAUAAAAAAAUUGCAAAUAAACAAGGAUAAAAAAAAUUAUUGAAAA